AUACUGAUCGGUCUUAUUUACUAAGUGCCACAGGUGGUGAAGAACGAAACGCUCCAGCUGUCGUUGCGAGAUGUUCGUGUUUGGGCAACUUCAAACAGCGUUCGCAGUUUAAUAUAAAGAAGCGCCUGCAGGCACAACUAUAGUCAUUAGCUCAACGUCCCUUGGCUGACUACUCAGCAUUCGGGCAUAAUUCUGUCGAAUUUCUAAGUCUUCAUUCAAGAUGCAAAUCAUAUUUUGGGUUGUAAGCUUGUUUUGUCUCAGUGGCUAUGUGUAUUCCAAAGCCGUAAAAACUGAAAAUGACAUAAUAGAUCCGCCAACUAUUUCAAUCAUCGGAGGAACCCCGGCUACCCAAGGCGAAUUUCCUUUUCUGGCGAUUGGAUUCUCCUCAUGCAAAAAAAAAAAAAAACGUUUUCUUUUGCAGACUGUCCUGCGAUUAAGCAACUAUUUGUGUGGUGGGACCUUGAUUGCAGCGUCCUACGUCUUGACGGCGGGUCAUUGCCUAUACGAUUUUCCUUCUGGAGUAAAUAUGAGCAACUUCUAUGUACUUAUCAACACGUUGUCAAUAAAUGGCGGUGGGUCUGGCUAUGUCCUAAGGAAAGUGUCAUCAUACAUAGUACACGAAAACUAUAGCAACACUACCUAUGAUAACGACGUCGCCAUCAUAGUCCUAGACAAACCAGUUACAGGAAUCCCAUUCGUUACUCUUCCUACCCCAUACACAACCGUGAUAUCCACGGAAACAACAACAGAGUUAACAAUGGCACCAACAACGGAGCCAAGUACUGAACCAACAACAGAGCCGACAACUGAGCCAACCACCAAACCAACAACUGAACCAACCACCGAACCAACGGCGGAGCCUAUAACAGAGCCAAUAACAGAACCAACAACGGAGCCGACAACGGAGCUGACCACGGAGCCAACGACAGAGCAAACCACCGAACCAACAACUGAGCCAACCACCGAAAAAACAACGGAAACGACAACAGAGUCAAUAAUCGAACCAACAACUGAACCAACCACCGAACCAACGGCGGAGCCUACAACAGAGUCAACAACCGAGCCAACAACGGAGCCAACCAUCCAACCAACAACGGAGCCGACAACAGAGCCAACUACCGAACCAACAACCGAAACAACAAAGGAACCAUCCACCGAACUAACAACGGAGCCGACGACAGAGCCGACAACAGAGCCAACAACAGAGCAAACCACCGAACCAACAACUGAACCAACCACCGAACCAACAGCGGAGCCUACAACACAGUCAACAACCGAGCCAACAACGGAGCCAACCAUCGAACCAACAACGGAGCCGACAACAGAGCCAACUACCGAACCAACAACCGAAACAACAAAGGAGCCAGCCACCGAACCAACAACGGAGCCGACGACAGAGCCGACAACAGAGCCAACAACAAAGCAAACCAACGAACCAACAACUGAACCAACCACCGAAACAACGGCGGAGACUACACCAGAGUCAACAACCGAGCCAACAACGGAGCCAACAAUCGAACCAACAACGGAGCCGACAACAGAGCCAAGUACCGAACCAACAACCGAAACAACAAAAGAACCAACCACCGAACCAACAACGGAGCCAACGACAGAGCCAACAACAGGGCCAACAACAGAGAAAACCACCGAACCAACAACUGAACCAUCCACCGAACCAACGACGGAGCCUACAACAGAAUCAACAACCGAAACAACAACGGAGCCAACCAUCAAACCAACAAUGGAGCGGACGACAGAGCCAACUACCGAACCAACAACGGAAACAACAAACGAGCCAACCCAGAAACCAACAACGGAAACGACAACAAAGCCAAUAACAGAACCAACAACGGAAACUACAACAGAAACAACCAUCGACCCAACAAUGGAACCUACGACAAAGCCAACCAUCGAACCGACAACAGAGACGACAACAGAUCCAACAACGGAGACGACAAACGAGCCAACAACGGAUCCAACAACCGAGUCGACAACAGAGCCAACCACAGAAUCAACAACUGAGCUAACUAUGGAGUCGACAACAGAGCCAACAACUGAGACAACUACCAAACUAACAAAUGAACCAACAACUGAACCAAGUACCGAUAUCACAACCGAAAUCCAAACCUCAACAAAAUCACCAACCACAAAAAUUACGACAAAACCAACAACCACAAAAACUACUACAAAAACCACAACUAAACCAACAACUACAAAAACGACGACAAAGCAAAAAACUACAACAAAACAAACGACGACAAAGCCAAAAACUACAACAAAACCAACAACUACAAAGUCUACAGCAAGAACUACAACAAAACCAACAACCACAAAAAAAACAACAACAAAACCGACAACAAGAACCACAACAAAACCAACAACUACAAAAAAAACAACAACAAAACCGACAACAAGAACCACAACAAAACCAACAACCACAAAAAAAACAACCACAAAACCGACAACAAGAACCACAACAAAACCAAAAACGACAAAGAAAACAACAACAAAACCUACAACAAGAACAACAACAAAACCAACAACGAAAACAACGACAAAACCAACAACGAAAACAACAACAAGAACAACAACAAAACCAACAACAAAACCAACAACGAAAAUAACUAUAAAACCCACGGUAAAACCAACUACAAAACCCACGGUAAGACCAACUACGAAACCCACGGUAAGACCAACUACUAAACCCACGGUAAAACCAACUACAAAGCCUACGGUAAAACCAACUACAAAACCAACAAAAGCCAAAAUUACGACAAAGCCAGCAAUAAAGGCAACAACCAGGAAAGGAAUUCUGCGAGACUUCAGUAGUUACGGGAAUAUGCCAGGUGUCAUCGCUGGAUGGGGUAGGACGGCUUCUCCAGUCGGGGACGUUUCAAUGAUAUUGCUUAAAGCUAACACUACAGUCCUUACUGAUGAGGUGUGCACAAGUAAAUGGGGCAGCAAUUACAUAGCGGCUGAUAUGUUGUGUGCUACCGACACACUCACAUCCACUUGCCAGGGUGACAGUGGUGGUCCAAUUUUGGUUGAUGGAGUCCAAGUUGGCAUCACUAGUUGGGGCUCAUUACCCUGUGGUGCAUACCCUAGCGUGUUUGCGCGAGUCACCAAGUACCUUAGCUGGAUCGCCAACACUUUAGCUAAUAACCCCCCUCCUUAAUUGGGAUAGAGUUGAGGCAACAGUUGACUCAAUCAACAUCAGCCAAGAAAUUUCAACCCCCCCCCUCCUCCCUGCAAAAAACCUAAAAAAAACACUAAUAAUAAUAAUGUAGUAGUUUUUUUUAAGCCAAGUUUUAAUAUUACAUUUUUCCUACUUUUCCAAUAAUCAUGUCAAAGUAUUUUUAAAAAUUACUUUCGUGUGUCGUGGUUUAUGGUAAGGGUUUAUAAUAAUCAAAUGGUAGCCCCAAUACAUUAUUUGGCCUCAA